AUGAAUCAGAAUCAAGGACGUGAAUCCAUUGCAACUAAACUUGUUGCAAAUCUGAUAACAGAAGUAGGAGCAGACCGAGUUCUUGCUUGUGAUCUUCACUCUGGGCAAUCAAUGGGGCAUUUUGACAUUCCAGUUGAUCAUGUACAUGGUCAGCCUGUGAUACUUGAUUACCUUGCAAGAAAGACAAUUAAAACUGAUGAUUUAGUAGUGGUGUCACCUGAUGUUGGUGGAGUUGCUAGAGCUGGAGCUUUUGCCAAAAAAUUAUCAGAUGCACCUUUGACCAUUGUUGAUAAGCGGCGUCAUGGCUACAAUGUGGCAGAAGAGUUACCAUUCGGAUGUUAUCGUGCUGCCAAAUCCCUUGAUCCUACCACAAUGCCUACAAAUGUUGAUAAAGAUCAAGUGAAAGCAGCAAUCAAAGCUCAACAGGAUCAACAGAUCGAUAAUAAACAGGCUCUUAUGGCAGAGAUGCGUUUUUGCUCAGAUAUAGAGUUAACCGCUGAUAACGUAUUUAAGGAGUUUAUUUUGCGUGAGCUUAGUGCAGUUGUUGGUGCUAUCAUAAUCGCGUGUCUCAUGGUGGCUAACCUUGUGGGCUUUGUCAUCGGACCAUCGGGCAUAAGUUGGCUAAAAUCCGUAUUUCUUCAGACAGAAGGGGACACCAUGACUUGCCCUAGAAACUUAACCAAUGGUGUAAUGUUGUUCGGUGGGAUUUUAGUAAUCCGACUCCAUUUAUCAGGAGCCGUGAGUUUCUUUGGCAAGGACACACUGCCUUUGCAUCAAAGGAUGAGGCAGACGCUGAGAUUGGUACAUAGAGAUGUUGGCCUGAUGGCUUUUGUCUUUCACUAUAUGCUAGGUAACUUGGUUGUUUCUGCUGAUGAAACAGGUCAAGUUGGUCCUUGUGCAUCAGGUAAAGUUGAUGGAAGAAAGGAAUAUGAAGCCACUUGA